AUGGGGGGCAGUCCUUUUGUGAAUACGGGCCAUGGUCAUUCGCAGUUUAUUCCCCUGAAAGUCGGCACGAGAGCCGCCACACAGGUUGAUUCACGAGUUCCUAAAGCUCCGAAGCCCCCCGGGAAGCCCUUGAUGCCCUACCUGAGGUACUCGAGAAAAGUAUGGGACCAAGUGAAGGCUCAGAACCCUGACAUGAAGUUAUGGGACGUCGGCAAGCUCAUCGGUCAGAUGUGGAAGGAGCUCCCAGAGGAGAGCAAACAGGUGUACAUCGAUGACUACGAGCAGGAGAAAGCGGAGUACAAUGAGAAUCUCAAGAACUAUCACAGCUCCCCCGCUUAUCAGAGCUACGUUGCCAACAAAGUCCGUGCCCAACAAGCGGCCGAGGAGCGUGAACAAAACGAGAAGCUAGGUCGGGGCGGGUACUCUUCGAAGGAUGCCAACAAGGUUUCGAUUCAACCGGCUGAAGACGACGAUGACACGGACGAGUUAUCGGUGAAACACCUGGCUGCCUCGAGAUACAUGCGGAAUCAUCGCCUCAUUCACGAAAUUUUCUCCGAUGCUGUGGUCCCAGACGUUCGAUCCGUCGUGACAACGCAGCGCAUGGCCGUUCUGAAGCGGCAGGUUCAGUCUCUAACAAUGCAUCAAGAGAAACUCGAGACCGAACUUCAACAAAUAGAAGAGAAAUUCAUGGGGGCCAGCGAAGUCUUCAAUAACGAGCUCAAAAAGCGAAGGGUGAAAGCUGUUGAUCAAGAGGCGUAUCAGAAAAUGGUCGACCGAGCUCUGGAAGCUUUGAAGGAAAACAAAAGGAGGAUGCUAUCCGUGCAGAAGAAGAGGCGAAACAAGCCGAGCUCGACACCGCUACCACAGGGUUAUUGUGCCAGGGUUGUGAUAUGGCGGGUGCCACGUGUUGUCGACGCGCCUGAAGACGGCCCCAAGAUUCAGUGGACUCCGACUCCCGCUCCGCCAUCUGGGGGAGAGAAGGAUGCCAUGGUCAAGGCAGUCAAAGGCUUUCGCAAGAUCCAGGAAGACACCCAGAACCAGGAAGCCAGAGUCGCAGCCUUCGAGGAUGAAAUGGCGGAUUUCGGAGAGAGCGGUAUCGGUGGAGUGACCGGACCUGAACCCAUGCUGAUGAGGAGAGAGGAGCUUGUUCGUGAGGGCGAAGGACUCGAGUUGCGAGAGGACCGAUUUUUCAAAGAGCUUAGAGAGGAACGGAAGCAAGCCCAUAGGACGGGCAGUAGAAAGUCUGAGGUUGACAUUAAGAUCACCGAGAAGGAUGAAAGGGGCGUUGGAGGGCUCCACCACGGACUCAAUGAAGUUGGAGAGAGCCUCAGAGAGUGCAGUGCGGCAGGAGUAGAUGGGAAGGAGGCGAAAGGAGUGGUGACCGAGAAGAAGCCACGUUUCCGAGCAGCGGAUCAAAUCGUAGGAGUCUCCAAAACUAUCACAGAUCAAAUCGAACUUGUAAGCAGCUCGGAGCGAGCGGGUGUUGAG